AUGAAUGCUUUUGUGCUCGGCCCGCUCUGGCCAAGUCCCACUGGGACUAUUUUGUCGGUCCCUUGCCUCAACUCUCGAGUGCAUUCUAUCGCUUGUCCUGCGCUGUCGUCCCACGACAGAUCAUCAGCUCUCGCUGGAAGCCUUUCCUGCCCUUUCUUUGCUUGCAAAUCUCAGCCUUGUCGAGAUUGUUGCUUCCUUUGGAAGGUGACAACAGCAGAAAUCUUCCGUCCUGAUGGAGUGUACAUUUUCAGUGCUCACUCUCUCUUGUCAGAAGUGACCUUUGUCGGAGUGGAAGUGAGUGGAGCCGGUGACAAAUCAGUUUCGUACAGACCAUUCAUCUCAUCGAAACUGGCCAUCAUUUGCAAGUCACCUCGUCUAUUGCUGAAAGCCAAAUGGCCAGUGUUCGGUGGAGGCAACGUCGACCGACGUUGUCCAUUCGAUUACAGCAAUUUGGCUGGCCUCACGAGACGAACGGCCUGCGCAUGCUUGAACUCGAUCAAAUAA